AUGAUGAGGAUGGGUUUUGAAAGGCGGGAGGCAUCCCACAAGUGGACCACAUCAUUUGUUCCUACUGUGGAAGAACACCUUAUUCAUAUCAAUGAGCAAUCACGUUGUCUUUCUGCAAUUCCUUCUACUACAGGAAGGUACGAGGUGUAUGAUUUCCCCACCGUUGAAGUAAACUUGAAUGAACGCACAUGCGCUUGUCGUGAAUGGCAAGUUGUCGGGCUACCUUGCAAACAUGCUGCGACGGUUAUUCGACAGAAUAUGGACACCCUUUACUCCUAUAUUUCCCACUACUUUAGUGUGGAGACAUACCGCAAAUGCUACUCCUUUCCGAUAUACCCAAUUCCUGACGAUGACAAGCCAUGUAUAGAUGAUGAAAAUAUGGUGAUUCGGCCACCAACAACAUCAAUUCUUCGUGGAAGACCAAGGACAAAGCGCAUUCCUUCGGGAUUGAAUCCGGGCAAAGAGUUAAAAUGUAGUAGAUGCCAACAGUAUGGUCACAACCGUAGAACAUGUAGACAACCUAUUGCGGACUAG